GCAAAAACUUCUUUGCAAUGGCAGCAGUUGAAGCAGGGUGCCUUGUGUGAGCGGACCCCAAUAUGAGCGGGCCAAGCCGAAUUUCCUGGCACCGUCAGAGACGGCUGAGGAGCCCAUGCUCGAAGUAGCAUCCCACAACCUACCAAAUACUUGGGUUGAUGUGGAAAUCUCAAAACCAAAAGGGGAAAGGGGCAAGCAGGUUUCCAGCCGCAGAGCAGAAUCAAGUCAGGAUGGCAGGAGUUCACAUUCACAGUCUAGGAGACGGCGAUCCAAGGUGCUUCAACUUGGUAUGCAACACCAUUACUUCCGGCUCUCUUGGCUGAUGAACCUGCUCGAUUUUCUCUGGAGAUUUCCGAUGAGAGCAGGACGUGACAGUUGUGAACCACAGAGAUCUGAAUGAGAACAUCAGCAAGGAAAACACACAGGAGUUUGAGCAGAAAUCAGGACUCGGGUCGUCUCACUCCGCUGCAGCAUCGAACGGCCACGUGGAGAUCGCCAAGCUGCUGGCCGCGAAGGCCUUGGUGGACAUCAAGGACCACUACGGCCAAAAGCUUGUGGAUCUCGGGACACUAAAGGGCAAGACGGAAAUGGUGAACCUGCUAAUGGGAAAAGUUUGGUAUGGUGAUUUCGACAUACUUCAGUUUCGGGCUUCGGGGCCCGAAAUUGAAAUAUGUCGAAACCACCAUAUUUCGGGCCAAAGGUGCCUUUGGAGAGCAUCCUGUGAAAUGAUCAAAGAUGUGCCGUCCAACGCCGUGACCUCCAUGCCCAAGCUCGGGACGUCCCGAAGGCGAAGAACGCCGAAGGACAACGAAGUGGUCUUGAAUCAUUUUUUUUCUGAGGACUUGCUGUGUGCUGUCAAGAACCUAACCAGGGCAGUACUGGCGCCUCAUCAAUGCCAAGCUCAGCAAGACAGAAGGCAGUUUCGCAAUGCAGAGACUGCGUCGCCAGGAUAUGAUCUGGCAGCGCGGCGCUGGAAGUCUUGUCCUUCGGAAGUGCUGAGUAGCACUUCUGCAGGUAUUUGCAUGCUACUCUGCAGGACAACGAAGUGGUCUUGAAUCAUUUUUUUUCUGAGGACUUGCUGUGUGCUGGGAAGAACCUAACCAGGAACCUAUUUUGCGUGGAAACGAGGACGGCUGCGAGAUGGUUGCCAAGGAUGCUGAUGAUGCUUGAGCUCGCGAAUGCAGAUAAAA